AUGAAAAGUUACGCGAUCCUAGCAUUGUGCUUAGCAACUGUCUCCGCGGUCGACCUCAUUCAAAUCAGGAUUCGAACCAAUGCAGACAAAGAAGUUGGUCUCCUCGCAGACCUAGAUGAGCUGGCAAGGACUCACCCGUCCGCGUCCAGGGGCAUCGGCGCAUCUAUCACCGACAAAAAUGUUUACUGUCAAGCUUUUAGUGAUCCUCACGGCCGCGACGAGCUAGGUGACCCAUUUUCUGCCGGAAACGACGUCGCGUUCACAUCUUCAAAGGAUGAGAAACCGGUGCAAAUCGGCUCAGUCUUGUGUUCCAACAGUGUGGACAAGUUGGAGGGACCCGGGCAGAAACCCUUGGCGAAUGAAAAGGGCGGUGACACGACGGAAAAGACAGUUAGGGUACAGUUCAGGACUCAAUUCGUCGAAUUCACACGGGGAGAUGUGAAGUUAGGAGAAACUGUGCAGUUGGGCUCGGACUCGAAACUUGGGACCACGGUUGAGGAAGCCAUGGUUGUGUCGGCGACUGGGGACGUGGAUUGGACGGCAGUGCGGUGCCAGUUGUUUAAGGAUCCAGAGGGCAAGGAGAAGCUGGGCGACGCGUUCACGACGUACGGGGAGACUUAUGGGACAGAGCCGGCAGAGGUUGGGGCGAUACGCUGCGACGUGUAG